GGUGUACGGGCCGACCAUCGAACGAAACGGCUUUUACGGCCAAAAAUUGGCUCUUAUUUUAUAUGGACGCUAUAAAUCGAUAAUGAUAGUAUUUUUAUAACCAAAUCGACGACUACUUAUCGAUAGUCGCGUCCUCGAUUGGCGCAUUACCCGCCGCGCCAACGCCGCCAUGAUACAAAGACAGGCAUCCUCAGGGAUGUUGCGCCAAUAUUCAUUUGCUUGUAGACUGCAACUCGUCUAUACGGCAUUGACACAGAGAGCUAGAUUCAGUCAGAGUACCUUCUAUCGAUCCCAGGACACCAAACUCAACGGUAUUCGCAACAUUGGCAUCAUUGCCCAUGUCGACGCUGGAAAAACUACUACGACAGAGCGCAUGCUAUACUACAGUGGUGUUACACAGCGAGUAGGAGACGUUGACUCUGGAAAUACCGUGACCGAUUUCCUCGAACUCGAACGCGAACGCGGAAUUACAAUUCAAUCUGCUGCGAUUACAUUUCACUGGCCGCUUGCUCAAAGCUGUGCAAAGGGCGAAAUGCCAAAGACUAUCAACUUAAUAGACACCCCAGGCCAUCAAGACUUCCGAUUCGAAGUGGACCGAUGUUUGCCUAUUCUCGACGGCGCAGUAUGCAUCAUCGACUCAGUCAAGGGCGUUGAAGCACACACCGAGAGAGUUUGGGGUUCCGCUGACGAAUUUCGUAUCCCACGCGUGGUCUACUGCAACAAACUGGACCGUGAGGGCGCUUCGUUCAAAAAGGCUGUGCUUGAAAUAGGCACCAGGCUCAAGGGGUGGCCUCUGGUAUGCCAGAUUCCAUGGUGGGAGAAGGAUGAAUUCGUUGGUGUUAUCGACGUCGUGGACGGCGUAGGAUACCGAUACGGAGCUGACAAGAAAAAAGUCCGGUACGGGAGUGAGGAACUACAAAAGAAGUUGGAAGCCUCAAAUAGCGCCCUUGCUGGGGAGAUUAAAGUCGCUCGCCAGCGACUGAUUGAGGGUCUAGCAGAAUUCGACGAAGAGAUUAUGGACGAGUUCUUAGCGGAAAACGAAAACAUUGACAGCUCCAUAAUCAAGGCUGCCAUACGACGAUCGAUAUUGAAUGGCGACGGACGUGCCAUUCCUGUCUUUGCAGGCUCAAGCUUCCGACACAUUGGUGUCGAACCACUGAUGGACGCCAUUACAGACUACCUCCCCAACCCCUCGGAUCGCCCCGAUGUUGAUGUUCGAGUAGGGGGUACUGCAAAGAAGCUUGGUGAUGCUCUGACAAGCCUGUCAAAGUCGAAAAAGAGCAACAAUAUUGCUUCUGUUUCCUCCGUGUUCAAAGUGUUUGAGCACCCAAAAGAAGGAGUCAUCAGCUAUGUACGAGUAUAUCACGGAACACUAUCGAGAAACGCUUCGACAUUUAACACAAACAUACAACAACCAGAGCGCCCUAUGGGCCUUCUCCAAAUAUCGGCAUCCAAAGCCGAUGAAGUCCCUGAACUCUCUGUCGGCCAAAUCGGAGCUAUUCGUGGACUCAAAAAGGCUAGAACAGGAGAUACACUGAUUACUACGUUGAACGGCAACCCGGUCGCAGAGGCAUUUCGCCAAGUGCAAGUUCGACCUCCUGAGAUCCCACCUCCCGUUGCUUUUCUCCAGGUCGAUCCGUACGGAAAUGUUGCUGCGCAGGAACUCGAGAGAGUUCUAGACAGCGCCACUCGACAAGAUCCCAGCUUACGCUGGAGCCGAGAUCCAAAGACGGACCAGUUUACUAUCCAAGGUAUGGGUAAACUGCAUCUCGAUGUUUCCUUGCACAACAUGAGACAGAAAAACAAGAUUGACGCAGACUUUGGUCCGAUUGAGGUCGAUUAUAAAGAAACUGUCACGCAAAGCCUAGGACCGUUUACGAGCGUUUUUGAUCGACCUGUAGCAAACAAGGCUGGCAAAGUUACUUGCAUAGCUACAAUCGAGCCACUGGAGGAACAUCAUGCUGAGCUGAGCGAUACUUUGGAGCGAGAUGGCAAUGUCUUCCAGAUAUCGAUGAGUGAUUUGAGCCGGUCAGCGACUCUAUCAGUUGACUUCGAUGAAGCCGAACAGCACCUUUUGAACGGUGCUGUUGCCGGAUUGGCGCGCGGCCCUCGACGAGCCUCCCCUAUGCAUAGUUGCUUCGUGGACUUGAAGCUCGAUGCAUCCGAUGGCGCAUUGGAGACCCCCUCUGGUGGCCACUUUAGCUCCGCUGCACGUCAAGCAGUACAAGGUGCGCUGCGAGACGCCUUUGACCGACAACAGAUUGGCGUUUUGGAGCCUAUUAUGCUGGUACACAUAACAUGCCCAGAGACAGCCGCAGGUGUCGUGCAACAUGACAUCACGAGCGGUGCAGGAGGUCAGGUAUUGGAGGUCAAUGAUCGAUCCGCCGAAUCUACAGGCGAUGAGUUUAUCGAUGUGUCCAAGAUUUACACGCCUCCAGACCCAUAUGAUGCCGUCACAUCGCUGCGUGGCAAGAAAUCUACUGCUCGUGCAGUUGAGAUUGUAGCCAAGGUCCCCUACAAGGAGAUGCUUAACUAUGACGAGCAUCUACGCAGCAAAACUGCGGGUCGCCACUCCAUGACGAUGUCCUUUGACUCGUUUGCUAGAGUGGUUGGCCACCGUGAGAAAGGAGUAUAAUGUAACAAAAUAUGAACAAUAGAUAAACAAUAGAACAACACAGCUGCUACCUUCUACAGCCGGUCCAUGGUUACAAUUCGUGACUCGUCAACUUUUGUGUGACUCGGGAUGAAGCAUCAUAGUCGAAAUCAUUCUACUAGCAAAGGAGCACAGAGCAAAGCAACGCCGGGACGGCUCGUCCC